AAGGAGGUGUCUACUUUGUUGCCAGAGCCUGCCCUGGAAUUAGCCUUGCACCAUUCGGAAGACCCAGCCUUGCUGAGCGCUGAGCCUAGCAGUCCCUUGGCGAGGCAGCGAUACUCCCUGGCUCCCCAGUCAUGUCCUGGCAGCUGUCUGCAGUGGUGGUGCUCUUCGUGUCCCUGGCCGUGAUUUUGCAUUAUGGCGGUCAUGUGAGAGCAAAAGCGUUUCCAGAAAUCACAGGCUAUUCUCCACCUGCAACAGUACAGACCACAGCAAAACCUUGUCUCCUGCAGCCAACGAACCGUGUGCCUCAGAAAACUUUAGCAGCAAGGUCAACAGAUGGGCAUGUCACCUCUCAGAUAGCUGUCACAGCAUCCACCUCUGAGACCCUAACCACACACACAACCAUAAAAAUUCCAGCAACAGCUUCCCUGGUAACUGCAGACAGCACCCCCUCCACCAGCCCGACAGCCCACACCCUAGUCACAACCCUGGCCACACCCAACAAGUCACACACGGCUGCUCCAGUCACUGAGGCUACAAUCAGCCCCAGCACAGGUCCCAGUCCACCACCAUCCACUGUCACCCCGCCAGCGCACAGAACUGGAGCCAGGCCGUCGACCGUCAGCCACACAACUGGGAAAACCACCCAACUCAGUAACCAGACCACCCUUCCAGCAACAUUGUCCACCACACCACACAACAGCACAACCAGUCAGAAGCCUACUCAACCCACCCACACCCCAGAGCCCACCAACGCAACCCACAGAGCCUCGCCUGCCACCAUAGCUCCCAGGCCCACCCUCGCACCCCAGCCAUCGUCAGCCAAGACUGGAAUUUAUCAAGUUCUGAACGGAAGCAAGCUCUGUAUCAAAGCAGAGAUGGGGAUAGAGCUGACGGUUCAAGACACGGAGUCGGUUUUUUCGCCUCAGAAAUACUUCAACAUCGACCCCAAUGCAACCCAAUCCUCUGGGAACUGUGGCUUCCGAAAAUCCAACCUUCUCUUGAAUUUCCAGGGCGGAUUUGUGAAUCUGACAUUUACCAAGGAUGAAAACUCGUAUUAUAUCAGUGAGGUGGAAGCCUAUUUGACCGUCUCAAAUCCAGAGAAAGUUUACCAAGGAAUGAAAAGUGCAAUGGUGAUGUUCGAGACUGUGGCGGGGCAUUCCUUCAAGUGUGUGAGCGAACAGAGCAUCCAGCUCUCCACCCACCUUCAGCUGAAAACAAUGAAUAUCCAACUUCAAGCCUUUGAUUUUGAAGGCAACCACUUUGGAAAUGUGGACGAAUGUUCAUCUGACUACACAAUUGUGCUUCCCGUGAUUGGGGCCAUCGUGCUUGGUCUCUUCGCAGUGGGUUUGAUUGUCUAUGCAAUCCGCUUAAGGCGUGAAUCUUCUGGAUACCAGAGAAUCUAACUGGUGCCCCGAGGGAAAAGAAAAAGGUGGAGUUUAGAGAAUUCUUUCAUUGUUUCCAGGAUGUUGAAGACUUCCCUUGGAGUGUGGGUCCUUCCAACCUUGUAAACCACUAUCUUUCACAAAAACCAAAUUUCUGACGUAAGUUCAAGCAGUACAUCAAUUUCAAAAUAUUUUUUGUUCAUUUUAUGAAAGAUCUAGUGAGCUGUUUAAGAAUAUUUUCUAGUGUCCUUGAAAAUAUUUUAACCAAAGUCAACAUUUGAGAUACAUUAAAUUAACAUAAUGUAUGUAAAGUGGUAUAUGCUCCACAUUAUACACCAAAGCAUCAACAGUAAUGAACGUUACCUGUGUUCACGUUGGGGAUUUUAUUUUAUCCUUGAUCUUUUCCACUUUUAAAAAUGCUUCUGCUUUGCCUGUAAAAUGUAUUUUCAGUGCUUUUACUAUCCAUGUUUUGUAAGAUGUAUGUCAAUUGACCUACCUCCUUUUCCACUUUAAAUGUUCUCUAAAAAUCGUCAAAAAGAGCAACAUAUCAUAGGUUGUCUAGAUAUUUGAUGUGACACCAAGAGGAAUAGAUCAGCUUAUAUUUUUAUCUUGAUGACUCCUCCAGAAUCACUAAAACUAAGAAUUAGGUGGCUACAGACAACAGAAUUAAAUAAUAAGCAAGAAACGAUAAUAAUGGCCUUUCACUAUUGAACAGGUAUGUGUCAGACACUAGGCUAAGCAGUUUAUAUACAUCUCAUUUAAUUUGCACAACUUACAUGUGAGCAAACUCAGACUUAAAGAAAUUAAUCACUUAAAUGUCACCCAGCUAACAAGUGGCAGAGCCUGAAUUUGACUUCCUGUUGGUCUGGUACCAAGGUCUCUGGUCUUUUCACUACAUCAAAUUGCCUACAAGAACAACGACAGUAAGUGCUGCCUGAAGCCUCAUACUGGCAUAUGCUCCCUUUUACAGAGGAAAUUAUUUUGUCCAGAAUCACGAGAGAUUAUGGUACAUGAAAGGAGGGCUUAAUGGGAAAUAAAAUAGCCUAUCUUUAAUGAAGUUCUCUACUCCCUCGAAGAAAACUGAGAGGCUCUGUAAAACAUUCGUUUCUCAUUUUCAAGGGAUUGUUAAGCUGCGAGUCUAAGGAUAAAGGAAUGGAGUAAAUUUCUCAAGGCAUUUUUUAUUUCUUUGAAAGAGAAAUUUAACCGCUAACCAACUUUUCUUUCUCGAAUGUAGAUCCCCCUCUUGUGGUAACUUGCUUCUUCUGCAGUUUUAUGGCCACGUUUUCACUCUAGUUCACGUUUUUCUAUAGAGCAGCCAAGAAUUUUAUUCUUCCUUGUUUUCACUACCAAAGAAAUGUUAACAGAAAAGACCACACACCCCUAGCAUUCGUUAGUAAAGGAAUGAUUCGAGUCACCCUGGAGAACAUAUUCACUUUCCUGACUUGUUCUCUUAUGGCUCAGUAGGGUUGGCAAGGACCUGCCUUUAGUCUUAAUAGAAUAUUGAAUUGUAUUAAAAGUUUUUGUAAUAAAAACUUACCUUGGA